AAAAUGAGGAAGUAAGGGACUGUUCUAAACUGAGUGCAAAGAACUAGUCUUUCUUUUUGUUUGUUGCCUACUUUUCUCAUCGUGGUAUUCUAAUGGCAGCAGUAUAAAAUUAGGUUGAAUCCUGACACAUGUAGUUUUUAUUUUUUCAGACUAGAAAGCCUUUUCUUUGGUACUAAUUUUGAGCUUAUUUGGAAUACCACUUUUGGCUUUUUCCAACAGGAAAUAAAUCAAUUCAAACUUCUUGGUGUCCUCAUCUGCAAAAGAGCAAAAAAUAGUACAAUGGAACCAGACUUUCUCACUGCUUUUGCACAGCCCAGCGCACUUCAUCAUUUGCCACCUAAGAAUGACGUUGUUCAAGGAGAAAAGAAGAAAUUCAUAAAUCCUACAUCCUGCAAUAAUGCUAAAUUGAAAGAACUACAAAUGCUCUUGAUAGAUUGGAUUAACACAACCCUGAAAGAGGAACACAUCAUAAUAAAAAGCCUGGAAGAAGACCUGUUUGAUGGGCUGAUACUUCAUCAUCUCUUGGAAAAACUAGGAUCUCUCAGGCUGGAUGUUGAGAAGAUAGCACUGACGGGAAAAAAACAGAAAUGUAAACUUGCUGUUGUUCUGGAAGCUGUGGGCCAGUGUUUACAACUAGAAGAGAGCCAGCUGAAAUGGAGUGUUGAUUCUAUCUUCCAGAAGGACUUACUGAGCACAUUAUAUCUUCUAAUUGCAAUAGCAAAGCACUUCCAACCUGAUCUGCCUAUCCCUUCAAAUAUUAGUGUGGAAGUAAUAAUCACUGAGCGUACCUUAACAGGAUUAAGGACAGAAAAUGCUGUGGAAUAUAUCACGGAGAAUAGAGAGAAUUUAGAAGGCCAGUCAAAAGCUGAUGCCUUUGAUGAAUUAUUCGCACAUGCACCGGACAAACUGGAUGCUGUGAAACAGGUGCUUUUGCAAUUUGUCAACAAGCAUGUUGGAAAAUUAGGAUUAAAUGUGGAUGAUGCUGAUUCUCAGUUUGCAGAUGGAGUUAUCUUGCUUUUGUUAAUUGGACAACUUGGGGGGUAUUUCCUGAAUUUAAGGGAGUUCUUCCUGAACCCAAACUGUGCUAUGGAAAUGCUUCACAAUGUUAACCUUGCAAUGGCUUUGCUGACAGAUGGAGGUCUUCUAGAUUUUCCUGUGAAUGCUGAAGAUAUUGUGAACAGAGAUAUGAAGACUACAUUGCAGGUUUUGUACUGCUUGUAUUCCAAAUACAAGACCAAAGAAACAUGAAGAGUGAGACCAAGAACUAGAUUUUCUUGCUAGUGUAUGCUGGGUUUAAUUUUCAGUCCCUAGCUAUAUGUUUGCCACUUUGCACAUGUGCACACCUUGUAUGACACUUGUUGCAUUAAUAUGCUUUGAAAAGUGUGUAUGCAUGCAAAGUUACAGUUAUAUAACUUGUGCUAUCUAUAAUAUAAAUGUGUGUG